CUUACUUCAGCCGACAAGGUCCGCUGGUCAAUUUUUCCAAACCCACCACAGUUUUACAAUGGUGCCUUGAAUGACCUUUUUUGUCGCUUAUGUACUGACUUCUUCUUACUAAGAUAUUAUCCCUAUUCCCCUGAUAGUACCCAAAAAUGUCCCAGAAAAGAAAGAGAGAUCUGGUCCAGGACCAGGACCAGGAUGACUCGAUCAUUACUCAAGAACAGUCGGACCAAAAAUCCCGAACAGCGGCACCAAAACCCCCUGCGAAGUCGAAGGGACAGUUGAAGCAAGAGAAAUCGGAGAGGAGAUCCAAAAAGCAGAAAAAGUCGACAGAGGAGAAGAAAGAACAAGAACAAGAACCGUCUAAAACUCUCGGCCCGGUCGCUUCUGUGCCCGCCGCAGCUUCGACAGAACCAAGUCCAGGUGAUGCUAAGACGCAAGAGAAGGUAGCAAAGACACGCGAGGAAAGGAAAAGCUCAACAUCUCAGGAGGACGAUGGCGAAAAGAAGACGGCGACUCCUACCCGAUUUAUUGUCUUCGUUGGCAAUCUACCUUUUGAGACCACAUCAGCGCAGAUAAAGGAGCACUUCUCAAAACUCUCACCGACUUCUGUGCGCCACUCGACGGAGAAGAAAACGGGGAAGAGCAAGGGCUUUGCGUUUGUCGAAUUCGACAGCUACGACAAAAUGAAGACAUGUUUGAAACUGUAUCAUCACUCUAUGUUUGAUCCCGCUGGCAAAGACAGAGGAACGGGCGGAGCCGAUGACGGGAGAAAUACCGGAGACCAGCCAUCACAGAGGCGAGAAAAGAAGAGUAAAGGACGAAGGAUAAAUGUGGAACUGACCGCCGGCGGUGGUGGUAAGGGCAAAGACCGGAGGGCUAAGAUCAAGACGAAAAAUGAGAAACUGCAAGAGGAGAGGGAGCGAAGAAGGCUCAAGGAGAAAGCUGAGCGCGAAAAGGCCGGCUCAAACAGAAAGGGGCCGCCCGAGACUGGUGCAAACGCCACCGCUGUGGCAGGCGGCGAGGUCAAGGAUGACCGUGGUGACAUCCAUCCCAGUCGACUGUCUCGUGUGAGGCAUUGAGCGACCGAUAUUUCGCUUCGGGUAGCUACAAAAUGCAAACUUUGCCAUGAAAAAGGCCUGCUGCUGCCGCCGCUGCUGCUCAGGAUAUUGGAUGUGAAUCCCUUCCUAUAUCAACGCCUUCUUCCCGACUAGAUUGCCACUGUAUUAUUCGUAUGCGCAAAAUCAUCCCUCGGCCAA